ACCCGAACCAAGAGAAAUUUCACGUCGCGUCGUCACGCACACCUAUUCCCGUGUUAAAAUGCACUUCAAAAACACAAAUUCGUUAUUACACAUAAACGCAAUCUAUAUAGAUGCUAAUUGCUAUACAGUUCGCUAGCGCAUCGUUUUUUACGUUGUAAAUGUGUACCGAAUACCGAGUUAUCGAAUGUUUAUCCGUUAGAACGGUGUUCCGCUCUGCCGAUUGUCUUGGUGAAAUAUAAUAUCACAGCCGUGUCGCCCGCGCGAUUGUACGUUGAUAUUAUUACAAUAUUAUUAUCACUAUCGAGUGAACGGGUUUUCGUUUCCAUCACUCGUUUGCUACUCAAAUUCCAUUGUCGUUUGCGCCGUUAUUAGUGGCUUCACUGCGCGCUAUUUGUUUCUCGCUUUUUGUGUUAACGACGCAAAAACUGGGUCCCUAAGAAAGCCUCCAAAAUUGUUGCUGAUAACGUCGUGACCCCCUGCCGAAUAACAAUAAAUUAUUAUCCUAUUAAACGUGUCCUGUGCAUUGGCCGUCCAAGUAAGUUAUUCGAACACCGUUAUGUGGUCUUAAGGUGUUUACAAACACAACUUUUCUUAUCCGUGUACAAAUUGUAUUGAAUUUGUUACGUUGACUGUAACGAUGCCUGGUAUUGGUGUCAACUUGCGUGUGACCGGUUACUGCAACCAGGGUGGUAGAAAGUACAUGGAAGAUAUGUUUUCGGUGGCUUACCAGCAAACGCCCGAUAUGAAAGAUCUAGAAUAUGCUUUUUUUGGCAUAUUCGACGGACAUGGUGGUUCAGAAGCAGCUGCAUAUGCCAAAGAUCAUUUACUUGAUACCAUCAUCAAGGACGAUGCAUUCUGGUCAAAAGACGAUGAAGAUGUUUUAAGAGCAAUUCGCAAUGGUUAUAUAAAUACUCACAUUGAAAUGUGGAAAGAUUUAGGUAUAUUUAUACUUAUUUAACAUUUACUAAUUAUAUUUGUCUAAAGUUACUCAUAAAUAAUGUUAUUUUUUUAUUAUAUAGAAAAUUGGCCAAGGACUCCAUCAGGGUUACCAAAUACUUCUGGUACUACAGCAAGCAUAGCCUUUAUUAUGAGAGGAAAGAUUUACACUGGUCAUGUUGGUGACAGUUGUAUUGUACUUGGUUAUCAAGAUGAAGGUUUUUUUUACAUUUUUGAUUUAUAUUUACUUAUUAUAAAUAUUAUUGUUUAUAAAGGUAAUCUAUCUUAAAUAUUUACACAUACUCUUUCUGUUUUAGAAAAUGGAGAAUGGAAAGCUAAACCAUUAACACGAGAUCACAAACCUGAGUCGUUUGAAGAAAAAGUUCGAAUAGAAGAGUGUGGAGGCAAAGUUAUUAAUAAAUCUGGAGUUCCAAGAGUUGUGUGGAAUAGGCCUCGUAUUGGUCACAAAGGUCCUGUGCGUCGUUCAACUACAAUCGAUGAAAUUCCAUUCUUAGCUGUUGCACGCGCUCUUGGUGACUUUUGGAGCUACAAUUCUGAACAUAAUAAAUUUGUUGUAUCUCCUGAACCAGACGUAGAAGUAUUCAGUGUAGAUCCUUCUAAACAUCGUUGUUUAAUAUUUGGCACUGAUGGUUUAUGGAAUGUUCUUUCAGCAGAUGUAGCUAUUUCCAAUGUAUAUGCUACAGAAAAACAUAAUAUUGAAAUGAAAUCUUUAGAAGUAAGUGCAUGACUUAUAGUACAUAUUAUAUUAAAUGGUUCUAAUUUUAAAAGUUGUAUUUAUAGAGACAGGAUUGGUUAAAUCCUUCUAAAAAUCUUGUAGACAAGGCUAUAUUACAGUGGAAUAAAGUCAGAUUAAGAGCUGACAAUACCACUGUUAUUACAUUAAUGUUGGAUCCUCCUGGUCCACCUGCUCCACAAGUUUUACUAAAACAUAAAAUGCAAACUGGUAAUAUGAAAUGUGAAGAUAAAACUAAUUGUACAUGUGUUGAUGGUGAUCCAGUUCAAAGAUUUCGUAAAGGUUCAAGUGGUGGAUAUGCCAUAUUCACUAGAUAUCCUACAGAUCACAUAAAAACAUCUAGCUCUCUUGCCAGUACUUCAAAAUCGUAUGGUUUUUUUUUUUUUUUUAUUACACAUUUUUUAUUCAUAAUUUUCUAUUUAUUUUACAGAUAUUGUAAUACUCCAAUAGCAACAGCACCACCUAUGAAAACGAAUAAAGUUCUUAGAACAUCUGCAAAACUUAAUAAUUAUAAUAAUAAUAACAACACUAGUAGUUCUAGUAAACCAAAUAGUCAACCAACCGGAAAAAGAAGUGCGCGUAUAAGCAAUGGAAAAAUUAUAAAAAAACCAAAGUCAGACACUGGGUCUACAACUGCUGAUGAGACUGCUAAGUUUGGAAGUAGUGAUUCUGAAAAUGAGCAAUUACCACGUGAAACAUGGUUAUUAUCUCCAUCUAAAUCAAUUAAUACCGAAGAGACUAAAGUGGGUGUAGUAUUAAGGAGUUCUGGUAAAAUUCGAAAAAGCUGGAAGUGCAGAAAUUCCAAAGACAUUUCUACUUCACCUAAAAUAAAUUCUAUAUCAAAAAUUAAAACGCCUUUAUCAGAACCUAUGACUAGAAUAUUAAGGUCACAUAAAAAGAGAACUAAUAGAAGAUUUAAAAGUGUUGUGUCUAGAUCAUGGUCUGCGGGUAUGGUAACUCGUAGUCAUAGAAGAAGUGUUAAAUGUUAACUUUUCAUUAAGUCGUUCACCUUUAUUUUUUGAUAUUACCACAGUUUUUAUCUAAUUACAAAAUUAAUUUUGUAUAUUCUUAAUACUUUUGUCAUAAAUUGUUUUUAUGCUAAUCAUUGUUAUCUUUAUUUUUAUUUUCAUUCUUUAUCUGACAAAACAAAACUGAAGUAUUUUUUCCUGUUCAAAAAUAAAAUGAGCCAUCACUUUUUUGACUAAUUAAAGCUUUGACUA